UCCUACUUUCUUUCCUCCCUCUUGGUUCCUGACUAGCAGUGAGUGAGUGAGUGAGUGAGUGAGUGAGUGAGUGAGUAAGUAGUGAGUGAGCGGAUCAAGCAGUAUGGCCUCUUCGUCUCCCUCGGCUUACCCUCAUUCCACCUUCUCCAAUCACGACGAUAAAAGUCAAUUGGACCGGUUCCCAUUAGACAAGGAUUUUGAGACGAGUACUGCCCUCAAUGACACGGCCUACGAUGCUGAUGUAGAAGCAUCCCAAUUCUACGCGGCCAAGCGACCACGAUCGGGGGGCAUGCGGGGAAUCGUUGCUCUUAUCGCCGCCUACUUAUCGCCGCGGGAGAAACAAAAGAAGCAUCACCGCCAGCCCGCCGACGCUCGCCCACUGCUCGCCUCCGCCAACAACGCCACUCCCACUGCCGCCUGGCAUUCCUCCUCGCGACAAUAUCAAAGAAUCAAAUCACUGUCGCGGUGCUUGUGUUACCCUCUACUGGGACUCCUCGUCAUGCUGGGCGUCGUCCAGUUCAUCUCCAUCGCCUGCAGCAUCGCCGUCUCCUUCUUCCCCGACGAAUUCGACCGUGCCAUCGAGCGGUGGCGUCAUAGCGACCAGCGAUCCCCAUCCGCGGACAUCCUGCAUUGGCCAACAGACAUCUCCAGAGAUAUCGUCCCCGUGCGAUGCCACUCUCACAAUGACUACUGGCGCCCCGUGCCGUUGUUCUCUGCCCUGCAGGCUGGUUGUACCGGCGUGGAGGCCGAUGUGUGGCUCGUCGAAGAUGACCUCUACGUCGGCCAUACCAUGUCGGCGCUGACGCCCCAGCGAACUCUGCGCAACCUGUACAUCAACCCGCUGCUGCGCAUUCUCGAGCAGCAAAACCCCAUCACCGACCUCCACCCUCAGCGCGACAGUCCGCCGCAAGGGGUCUUCGACAUGGAUCCCUCGCAAACCCUAAUCCUGUUGAUCGACUUUAAAACGGACGGUCAAGAAACUUGGAACUACGUGCAUGCACAGCUCGCCCCGCUCCGCGAGCGCGGCUAUCUUUCCUUCUUCAACGGCACCGACAUCAUUCCGGGCCCCAUAACCGUUGUCGGCACCGGCAAUACCCCCUUCAACCUAGUCACGGCCAACACCACCUACCGCGAUAUCUUCUUCGAUGCACCACUCGACAAACUUGUCGACGACAACAUCACCGCCGAGGACUACAACAAUGACGAUGACUUCUCCCCUUCAAAUACCCCCGAAGCCGCAAAAGACACAGGGAUAGCCACCCGCGCCACCAAGAAUGUCGGUCAAGGCCUGUCCGGCAUUUCCGACGCAGAAAUCGGCCCCGACACCUUUGAUUGGACCAAUAGCUACUACGCUUCCGUCUCCUUCAAGAAAUCCAUCGGCAUGCCCUGGUCCUUCCGGCUCUCCCAGCGCCAAGUCGAUCAGAUCCGCGCCCAGAUCCGCGCCGCUCAUCGUCACGGCCUUAAAGUCCGCUACUGGGGCGUACCCGCCUGGCCACGGAGUCUGCGCAACCAUCUUUGGAGCUUACUCGUCCGCGAAGGUAUCGACUAUCUGAACGUGGAUGAUCUGCGCAGCGCCACUCGUCAGGAUUGGCGGCCUAGAAUCUCGGAUUGGUGGAGUUGA